AGCCAGGCUCUCGAAAAGCAAGCACUGUUUGGACUUGAAAGAAAUACUGAAGAAGGCCCUACCACAAAUUGGCCCCUGCUCAAGAGUGGAAAGAAGGCCCAGCUCCGCGUACCCAGCGCCCCUAGCGGCCAAAAUUCGAAGUAGACACCAUCCCGGAUUCGGGAGGUUGCCAGUCGUGUGUUGACCGCCGUUGCGUGCGUAUCGAUUUUGAGGUUAGUUUUCGAGCGCGUAACAAACAUUCUGUGUACCCCCUUCACAAAUGCACACAUCUAAAUCUCGAACUUAAAAUCUUUCACUACACGAACAUGACUAGUGUUUUCAGACUCAUGUGUUUACAAGGAUCAAAAAACAUAACUUGAUUAAUCAAUCAUAAAGUUAUUGGAUCCUCAAAUUUUCCCACCAAAGUGAACAAUAAUUCAACAUCCUUCUUUUGUAAUUUUUCCUCAGUGAUCUGUUUUGACAGCUGUAAACCACCUUUUGUGUAUCUUGUGCGGUUGUGUUUGUAUUCCUAAUCAAUGAUGAAAUCUCUGUUGUUUGCCGUUUCGAUUUUCUAUUUAAUUGAAAACUUUUGUGUGGUUUUGAGUGAGGAGAUCGCAUCCCCGCUGAGGGUGGCGCAGUGCAGGGCGUCCUGUGUACAUAUUUUCCAACCAGCGUUGGGCUCUGAUAGAUGUCGGAAAGGAUCUGAGUGCAGCAUUUGUUGGGAUGCCUGCAAGGUUCAUCAACCAAACGUCUCAUCAAUAUGCUCGCAACCAUCAAUUUGUGGUCCCGGCUGUGAAGCGGCCUGCCAGUUCGCAUCAGAAGCGGACAGCGGAGCGCAGCGAGCUCCCGUGUUAGUUCGACGCGGUGAAGAGGUCUUAAAAAGAGACGGCGAGGAAACCAGAUGGCCGGCACCCGCGCCCGAGCUGGAGGGACCCUGGGUGUAUCUAGUGAUGCGGCGACUCACCAUCCCGGGCAGCUCCUGGCGACAGAUCACGCAAACCCUCGACCUCGCCGCCAAGAUCCCUACCGGAGGCAUGGUCAGAGUCCUCGUGGUCGGGAAAGAUGGACUGGUAACCAUUUACGGACCGGAAGAGGAAGAGGAUGCGGUGCCGAACGCGGCGGAAGGCCCCGGAUGGCACCUGCGGGAGGUGUCCGUGAUUCACCAGGAGGCGGUGGUGAUUGCUGAGGUGGCCUGGGAGUCGAGGAAACCGCAUGGAUUGUACCUGGUGACGUGGGAGGUGGCCGGUGGUGGUUUGAGAGGAAACCUCAUCACAACAUCCACGUGUGUUGCAUUAUCGCUGUGGCCCGAUACUCAGUUCCAUGUUCAGGUGGAGAUCAUGAUGGCAGUGCGCCAUUACGGAGACAGUGGCGACACAUCUUCAGCUCCACUGCCACUCAAGAGUGAAGAACUAAUAAUCGAUACUAGAAGGUCGAAAGAGAUGGAAGUGCUGGAGGAGGAGGAGGAGAACGAACUGGAGGCGGUGGAGGAGAGACUGAAAGCGAUAGAAGAUGGCGACCACGACAGAGAUGUCAAACAGAACCUGGUGGUUGAUAAAAGUCCUAAAAGUUCGCAAAGACAUCCAAAGGCAGAACUCGCUAGCUACUUGUUUGCGAUGAAGAGCAACAACUCAUCCAGUAUGCUAUCGCUGAAUAUGGAAUUGCUGACCGGUGUACUCAGCGCGAUGAGUUUGUUCCUGCUGCUCAUGGGGAUCUACCUCCUCACAAGGACUGAGCGCAGUGAUAAGCCUCAAUUGACAUCGCAGCAAGAAUAUCCAACAAUAUCAGUGGUGACAGUUCCAGACGUUCUAAAGCCAUGCAACUCACAGCACUCAGCCGCUUUUGCAGUCACGUGAUCUGUUUAUUGAGUAAAGACUUGAACAUUUCAACUAAAGAAUAACCCGGUUCCUUCCAGGCUUAGAAGGUUGUGUUUAUGAAUUCUAAAUGAGACUGUAAAUAGAUUUGGAUAGUUAACUAUCACUAUUUGAUAGAUGGAACUAUUUUCCUGGUUGUAACAAAGUCUGUACUAAAGUUGUCUCAGAAUAAUACGAUCAUGAUAAAAUUGAUUGUUGAGGAGUUUUUAGCUCUAAUUGUGCGUUAGAUUUGGAAACAAAAACGUAACACAUGAUGUCAAAUUGUGACUGUAACGGAUCAAUUAGUGUUGAAUCAAUUUAUGAUUCGAAGAAACAGUUUGUUGGAUUUCCAUACAAUGUCAAUAAUUCUCAUCUAUCUCGACACUUGAUAUUACCAUCAGUACUGUUACUUCCAAAUAAAUAAGAAAUGUACGUAUUGUGAAGUGUAAUCAAUGAAUCAGCUGUUAAUCAAUGGUGUUAUGUAUGGUGCUUCUCCAGUUAUACUCAAUUUAUACUCGAGAUGGUUUUAAUGACAGUAGUGUAUAUUAUUUGAGAUCUUAGUUCAACUUUUCUCAAUGAAGAUGGAGUUUGAGCAGUCGAAUAUUUCUCGAUCUAAGUUCAAUAUUUACCUAAAUUUUAAAAUUUAUUUAUAAGCGAUACAUCUUCAGAUGAACCUGGAGUUGUGAGAAUAAUUAAUGUAGGUUUUGAGAAUACGGUUCAUAGCAAAGAAAUCUAUAGUUUGAGAAAGAUUCCUACAUUUCCGAAAGAAAGUAAAAGUUAACGAAUCACUGAAUGAACGAAGCUAAUCAUUUAUUAUUCAAUAAUUUCGCUUUCCUUAUUCCCAUUGAUGAAUGGUUUUUUGAAUUCUCAAAAGUUAUUAAAUUAUCUAUUGAUAAACGGCAAGAAACUAUUCAUUCGAUUGAAGACUGUGUUGUCGGUGUAUAGACUGUUUCAUAGUCUAGAAUAUCAAUUUACAUCUUCUGUUUGACAUGAACUAUCCCAGUUUAUUGUAAUUAAUUGAAUUCUGUAUGGGGUCCUACUAAAAUGGUUUGGUUUUCAUGAGCUUCAAUGAAGAAUAUGAAAGUCAAUGAUAUUCUUCCUCUAAAUGCGACAACUUAUCUCAUAUAAGCUGUUAUUGUUGUUAUAAGACAUCUUAUAGAGAAUGUACAUAAUGCUUAAGAAAUAAUGUUUGUAAAUUUUAUUCUAGUCUCUAAUAGUAUUUAUUGUGUAAUCUUCUACUCUAUCAUUUUACAAUAACUUUAGAAUAUUGAAUAUGUUUAUUACUUCAUAACUGAUUCUCCUUUCUCAAAUCGACUGAAUCCGUUUUGUAUUAUGAAUUAAUGUUAUUACAAUGUUAUAUACUGUACUUGUAAAUCGUUUUGAGGUAUGAUGUGAACUAUUUUAAACAGUAGAAUAUCUAUCAGUCGUCAGUUUUUAAACAAUUUUUCAAUACUGUAUUUUAUAGAGUUUAUCAGGCGAUGGUGCUCAUUACAGUCUUUCAGUUCCAGUAUACAAAAUAUUGAUAUCUUAUCAACUCUUACUUGAAAUUCAUUCUAUAAUAUAUUAUAUAACAUAUAGUAUUUCACUUUCGAAUAUACGUAAUAUCAAUCAUUUUUAAUCGCAUUUCAAUUUUAUUGCAUUUCAAAUUAACAAGAAGAUUUUUUCAAUGUACAUUUUACUAGGCCUACUCAAUGUUUAUCAUAAGACUGUAUGUAUUUAUUCAUUUUGUUUCAACAACAUUGAUAUAUUAUAUUCAAAAUGAUCUUUAUAAUCGGUAAAAUUAGAAUUAGCAUUUUAAUUGUACAAUUGAAAGGAUGAGUAUAGUGAUUUAUCACCUGCAAAAUGUGUAUUUGUGUAUAACCUGAUUCUCAGUGUUGAAUGAAUUCGACAAUUAAUUGAAAUCUUGUAAAUAUAAUACAAACGUGUAUAAUUUUUUUAUAGAAUAAUAAUAUGAUAGAAUCAUAAUUAAUCAUUAAUU